AUGAUUAUCCAUGCGGAGAAACAAAACGAGAUAUCCAAAUCGUCCAUAGUAAGUCAUGAGAAUGAUACCUACGAGAACGAUUCUAGCAAUUCCAUCACUAAUGGUGAUUGGACAUCAAAAGAAGAACGACUCGUUGUUCUAAAAGUAGAUUUUGUGGUUUUACUUUUACUUACUCUUGGGCUAACAGUGUUUCAAUUUGAUAGGAUGAACCUCGCGAGCGCAUUAACUGGAGGUUUCAAAGAAGAUGUGCAUGUUAACCAAGCUGAAAUCAACAUUGGAAACGAGUUAAUGUUCUUGGGUAUUUUCUUGUUAGAAAUUCCUUCUAAUAUGCUACUAAUGAAAUUUGGUCCUAGAAAGUGGCUUCCUUUCCAGAUUUUGGUAUUUGGUUUUGUUGCUAUCAUGCAAAUCUUUUUAAAGAAUAAGUCGGGAUUUUAUGCUUCUCGUUUCAUGCUUGGGAUUGCAGAAAGCGGCUAUAUUCCAGGAGCAUGUUAUAUAAUCUCGAACUGGUAUAAACAGAAGGAACGUGCUAAACGAACAUCUAUUUAUUUCUUUGGAAUGUUUGGUGGAUACGCUUUAAGUCCAAUACUUUGUUCGGCUAUUCUUUUGUUGGCAGGAAAAGGAAACAUGGCUGGAUGGAGAUGGAUAUUUCUCCUUGAAGGAUUGUUAACCAUUAUAGUCGGGUUAUUAAUGUUUCUCUUCUUGCCUGGAUCUCCAAUGAAUCCAUAUCCAUUACUUUCCAAGAAGCUAUCUUUCUUUUCUGAUCGAGAGAUGUUUAUACUUAAGAAUAGAUUAGCCAGCGAAGAACGUACAGAUGAACAAUUGCAUCCAAUUACAAAACAACACAUAAAGGACGCAGUCUUACAAUGGAGAAGAUACCCACAUUUAUUCGCAACAGCUAUUGUUUUUGCAACUUGGAGCCCGUUAACUACUUAUACUCCUACGAUUAUACAAAGUGCUGGGUUUAGUCGAAUUCAAGCGAACGCAUUAACUGCAGUAGGUGGUUUUUUGGCAGUUUUCGUCGUGUUUUUGUUCGGUGUGCUAAGUGAUAAAACUAAUGCUAGGGGCUUGACGGUUUUAGUUGCAACCCUUCUAUAUGGUAUUACGCUAAUAAUUCUUCAUGAGAUACUUCCUCGGGUUAAUUCGGAUAGAUGGAAAGUUUUUGGGUUGUGGACUUUAGUAAAUGCUUUUGCAGUUGGUUACCAUCCUGUUCAGAAUACUUGGUUACAAUUGAAUUGUAGAUCGCCUCAAGAAAGAAGUAUUUCAAUUGCAUUGUGGGUUAUGUUCGCAAUGAUUGGUUUAAUGGCUGGGAGUCAACUAUUUAGGGCUGAUGAUUCUCCCACGUAUAACAAAGCUUCACUUGCCAUGAUCUGUAUGGUCUUCGGUGGAUUUCUAAUUUCUUCAAUUCAGUUUCUUAUUUAUUAUAUUCAUAAUCGAAAAUUAGAGAGAAAAUUACCUGAAAACUUAUCAGACAGUUACAGAUUUUUUUUAUAA